AUGGAUCCACUUUCGCGUGCAGCAAGUGUUAUCGCAGUUAUCAAGUUAACCGGAGUUAUCUUACAAAUAUGUGGAAAAUAUCUUAAUAACGUCAAGAGCGCGAAGCAGGAUAUCCAGCGUUUCCAAGAGAAGGUCGCCGCCCUUUCACAAGUCCUUCACUCUCUCGAUGAGCUGAUCCGUGGAUCUGAUGGCAACAAACUUACUGCUACGCAAGACCUAGUCGACAAUAUUGCCAAAUGCUCCUUAGCACUUACAAAUUUGAAAGAAAGAAUCAAUCCGGAAACGACGCAGAAACAGACGAGCAAAUAG